AUGAUACAUUUCUCAAUGUUGAACUUGGUUUUCUGUUUCCAGUUUACUGAAGGUAUUCGACCAACUCUAGCUGAACUCGAACGAUUCCAUCAUACUCCGGAUAGUCUACAGAUAGCUGCUAACGCUGCGGCUACAUUGACUACAGCUAGUAAUGCAGAGGUAACGUUAAGUCAUUGUUUCACACCUGGAGAUGUUGUUGAAGUAUGCGAAGGGGAUCUUAAAAAUCUUCGUGGUAAAGUGGUUUCAAUUGAAGGCAAUAACAGAAUUAUUGUUCAACCGAAUCAUUCUGAUCUACAUGAACCGAUACCUUUUACACCGAUUGAACUGAGAAAAUUUUUCAGUCAAGGUGAUCAUGUUAAGGUGCUCAGUGGUCGACAUGCUAAUGAGACUGGUUUAGUGAUACGUUUCGAUCCUACUCUAGCUGUUGUCCUAUCUGAUCAUAGUAUGAAUGAAAUGAAAGUUGCUCCGAAAGACUUACGUUUGUGGCAAGAUCGUGCUACAACUGUUGAGUCAUCUGGACAUGUUCAACUAAUGGAUCUAGUACAAGUUGAUCCUCAAACGGUUGGUGUUGUUGUCCAUGUGGAACGGGAUCAAGUGUCUGUCUUGACGUGUUUUGGUAAGGUGGUCAAUUUGAAGUCGAAUACAGCAUUGCGUCGAUUGAAUAGUGUUCGUCGACCACCACCACAGGCGUUGGAUCGUAAUGGGAAUUCUAUUCAGUUGAAACAAAUGGUUCGUAUAUUAGAGAAACCUCAUUGUGGAUUAGUCGGUGAAGUGAGACACCUAUAUCGUUCGUGGGCAUUCAUUUAUUGUCGUACACAUUUAGAGAAUGCUGGACUUGUUGUUGCCAAAACUCGUCAAUUAUCUGUGUUGACGACUUCGCAAGGUGGAAAUGAUCAGCAAGGAAGUAAUGAAGCUGGUAUGUCGGUGAAAACGGUCACACCUGUUGGAGGUGGUGGUGCUCGGAACUUUGGUGGUGGCAAUGGUGAAGGUGGACGGGGAAGAGGUAAUCGUAACGAACGUCAACUGGUCGGUAGAACAGCUUUAAUUGUUAAGGGUACAUUGAAAGGUCUGUUGGGUAUAAUUUGUGAUGCGACACCGACACAUGUAGUACUGGAAUUACACAGUCAAUUCAAGAAGGUGCCUGUAGCACGUGAGAAUAUGGCUUUGUUAGACAGUGGUGGUCGUAUUAUGGAGACACAGUAUGGUGCUACUGCUACACCUCGUAUUACACCGCUGCGUGAAAUGCGCACACCACAGUUGGCGUAUGGUUCCCAAACCCCUCAUGCAGCUAGUACGACUCCACGUGGUGACAGCACUCCGUUACCGAGUGCAUUUAACGCUGGUAUGGCUACACCGAAAAUCAACAAUCUUGAUGAUCCUAUGACUCCAAGUUCUAGUUUUCUAUGGACUUCAAGUGAUCAUCACCGUAUGUCUGGUUCCAGCACGCAUUCAUUAUCAGAUAAUGAGUAG